AUGUACCCAUGCAGGUUGUCAACAAGUAUUCGUCCAACAGAAAAUUGUGUAAUUGUUUUUGAUUUACCACAAUUAAGUUCUCCAGCAAUAUUAUUUUUAGAUACUGAAACUACAGGCCUCUCAGUAGCAACUGAUGAAAUCAUUGAAGUUUCAAUUAUCGAUUUAUAUGAUGGUAGCCACUUUUAUAAACUCAUCAAUCCAACAGCAACCGUUUCAAGUACUUCUGCAUCAAUCCAUGAAUCAGGUGCUUACAUCAUUGCUCAUAAUGAAAAGUUUGAUAGAGGAAUUUUAGCAAGUCAAAUUGGUAAAAAUGCUGCUUCUGUUCCAUCCAUGUUUCCUUUAAUAGUGUUUAUUGAUUCAAUUCCAAUUUUUAAAUUGGACGAAAUGGAGGACAUCGUAACCCAAACUGACCUCAUCAUAACAGAAAAUACUCAAAAAAAAUCACCAGUAAAGAUUUGUCAAAAAAUUAGAAGGUGGUUAUUCAAUGAGUUCACUUAUAGAAUAUUAUCAAAUUCCAAAAUCAGAUAA